UUGCAACUAGUCUCUCUCUCUCUUUAAAAGUCUGUUCUUCUUCUUCUUUAAAAGCACUUGAAUUCAACAUUUCUCUCUCUCUCUCUAAGUUGUUACACGUUGCGACUGAAAGCUCAAACCAACUGAAAUCUAGUUAUUAAAGCUAGAUUGUGUGAGAGAGUAGAGGAUGUUGGAGAAGAAAAUGGUUGAUGAUUUCGAUUCUGAAGAAUUCAUACAGGAAUUCGAUCUUCUAACUAAGGAUGCUGAGAGAGUACAGAAGGAAACUCUGAAGAAGAUCUUGGAGGAUAAUCGCGAUACUGAAUACUUACAGAAAUGGAGAAUGGAAAACACCGAUCCAGAGACUUACAGAAAUUGCGUCCCUCUUGUUACUCAUAACGAUUUGGAACCCUAUAUUUUGAGAAUCGUUGACGGUGAAACUACUCCUAUCCUGACAAAUAAACCGAUUACAACAAUCUCUCUAAGUUCUGGCACUACUCAAGGCAGGCCUAAAUUUGUUCCAUUUAACGAUGAAUUAGUGGAUACCACCAUGCAAAUAUACAAGACUUCUUUCUCAUUCCGUAACAGGCUGUUUCCGGUUCGAAAUGGAAAGGCAUUACAAUUUAUCUACAGCAGCAAGCAAUUUAAAACGAAAGGAGGAUUAGCAGCAGGAACAGCCACAACAAAUGUAUAUCGAAGCCCCCAAUUCAAAAACACGAUGAAUUCUAUGCAAACACCAUGUUGCAGCCCAGAUGAGGUUAUAUUCGGUCCAGAUUUUCACCAAUCCUUGUACUGUCAUCUCCUCUGUGCUCUCAUUAACCGUGACGAAAUUCAAGUAAUAUCAUCCACAUUCGCGCACAGCAUUGUUCAUGCAUUCAGAACAUUCGAGCAGGUUUGGGAAGAUCUAUGUACUGACAUUCGAGAUGGAGUCCUCAACAGUCGAAUAACUGCCCCGUCGAUCCGAACAGCUAUGGCGAAACUGCUCGAACCGAAUCCUGAAUUGGCGGAAAUGAUCAAGAACAAGUGUUUGAGUUUAACUGAUUGGUAUCGUUUGAUUCCUGAACUGUUUCCAAAUGCUAUGUAUGUUUAUGGGAUCAUGACUGGUUCGAUGGAACCUUAUUUGAAGAAACUUAGACAUUAUGCUGGAGAUCUUCCGUUGCUGAGUUCUGAUUAUGGAUCUUCUGAAGGAUGGAUUGGAGCUAAUGUGAAUCCAAAUUUGCCUCCUGAACGGUCAACUUAUGCUGUUCUUCCUAAUAUCGGUUACUUUGAAUUUAUUCCACUCAAGGAGAGUGCUGUCGAUGUGAAGAAGCAAGAAGAUGAAAGCUUCUUAUGUGUUGAACCGAAGCCAGUGGGUCUUACUGAUGUUAAGGUUGGCGAAGAGUACGAGAUUGUUGUCACCAAUUUCGCAGGUUUAUACAGGUAUAGGUUAGGAGACGUGGUAAAAGUGAUGGGAUUUUACAAUUCGACACCAGAACUACAAUUCGUUUGCAGGAGAAACCUAGUACUAAACAUAAACAUAGACAAGAACACGGAAAAGGAUCUACAGCUAGCAGUGGAAGCAGCCGGAAAACUAGCUGCAAAGGAAAGGAUAGAAGUGGUGGAUUUCACAAGCAUAGUUGACAUGUCAACUGAUCCUGGUCACUAUGUUAUCUUCUGGGAAUUAAAUAACGAGAUAAUCAAUAAAUAUAACAUAGAUGACGAUAAUAAUGAUGAAGGGAUUAGUCGUCUUUUGAGCGAGUGUUGCAACUGUCUUGACAAAUCGUUCGUGGAUGCUGGAUACGUGAGCUCGAGGAAGGUUCGAGCGAUAGGACCGUUGGAGCUUCGGGUAGUGAAGAGGGGAACAUUUCAGAAGAUUCUAGAUCAUUUUAUUGGACAGGGAUCUGCGUUUAGUCAGUAUAAGACUCCCAGGUGCGUAGGACCUUCUAAUGUGCAUGUUCUUCAGAUCUUGUCGAACAAUGUUGUCGAGAAAUACUUCAGCACCGCGUUUGGAUGAUGUUGAUGGUGUUGUUGUUUUGAAUAAUUAGGAUCCGGGUUUUAAGUAAUGUUUUGUGACAGAACCAAAACAGACCUGAAGGGUUAGAUUUAUGUGGGUCAAGAGUUUUUAUAUUUGCUUAUUGUUACUUUUAUAUUAUUAAUGUAUUUCACAUGUAGCUUUAAGCUU